CUGUAUUCAUUCACUCUCUUCCUUAAUCGUUCACAUCUUUGGCUAUUCUUUUUCCACCACUGCUUUCGACAUAAUGGCCACUCUACCACCGAUUGCGUCCGACUUUUGUCCUCCCUUCGCGCCAUUCUUUGGACUCAUGGGUGUUGCCAGCGCUAUGGUUUUCAGCAGCAUGGGAGCAGGAUAUGGUACUUUCAAAUCUGGAAUCGGUAUCUCGGGCAUGGGAACCUUCCGUCCAGAACUCAUGAUGAAGGCACUUAUCCCCGUCGUCAUGGCUGGUAUUAUUUCAGUCUAUGGACUAGUUAUUUCUGUUCUGAUUGCAGGAUCAUUAUCUGCAACGGGAUAUUCUUUAUAUUCUGGUUUUGUACAUCUUGGUGCUGGUCUCUGUGUCGGAUUGACAGGAUUGGCGGCAGGAUACGCGAUUGGUAUUGUAGGCGACGUGUGUGUCCGAGGAUAUGCUUAUCAGCCAAGGCUAUUUGUAGCAAUGGUGUUGGUACUGAUUUUCGCAGAAGUUUUGGGACUGUACGGAAUGAUUGUGGGGUUGAUUCUGAACACAAAGGCAGCAGGAACUUGUUAAUGCGACUAUUUAUGAAGAAAAACAAAAAGAAAAUAUAUUGCUUGUAUAGCGCUUCCAUAUAUUAAAGAUAAAGACAAAAAAAAAUCACUCGAGCCAUUAAUGAUACAAGUGAGAAUGGAUCCGUGCGCAAGCAGAGGAAAAAGUUUGAGAUCAAUGUCGGAAGAAAGAACAAGG